AUGGCAGAGCGCUACGCACUUUGGGACGACGAUCGUAUUGCGGCAAAAAAAGCCGGCAAGCAAGCUGAUCACCCGACAAAGCAGAUCCUGGCACAAGUGAAGAACAAGCCGUGGGUGAGAAGACCACCACCUAUGAGGGGAGAUCCCUCUAUGAGGGACACCAAUAAAUACUGUGCAUUCCAAGGGGAACACGGUCAUUACACAAACAACUGCAACACCUGGAAAAGGCAUCUUGAGGAGCUGGUCAGAGACGGCCAUUGCACAGAAUUCGUUGCAAAGAAGGCCAUCCAGCAGAUCGAGGAUCGUGAUGCAGUUGCCAAAGAACCUCCCCAAAAGGUCAUACGGAUCAACACCAUUCUAGCUGACUCCCAGGAGUCCGGGCUGACCACCAAGGAGCGUAAGAGAAAGAUCGUGCAGACGACUUAUGUCUCCCAAGUCACAACGGGCGUACCAGUCAUUGCAGAUACACCCAUCAUCGGCUUUCAGAAGAAGGACUUGAUCGGGCUUGAUCUGCCGCACAAUGACGCCCUAGUAAUCUGCAUCCAAAUUGAACAAGCUGUGAUCGAGCGAGUUCACGUCGACGAGGGCAGCGCAGCCAAUAUCCUGCAACUAUCGGUUAUCCAACAGAUGGGAUUGGAGCCCAAGAUUAGCAAACUUGCUAGAUCACUCACUGGCUUCAAUGGGGCCACGUCAAUCACUGUUGGGACAAUUGACCUAGACGUCCACUCACCCCCAGUGGUCUGCUCGCAAACCUUCAUGGUCAUCGACGAGGUCUCUCCCUACAACGGGAUUUUGGGCCGACCAUGGAUCAGCAAGAUCGAAGCCAUCACAUCUGCUUUACACCAGAAGAUCCGUUACCCCAUCCCUGGGGGCGGGAUCGGGCAGAUCAACAAUGACCAAGCUAUGGCGAGGAGAUGCACAGCGCAAGGGCUCAAGAAGAGCAAGCAGGUGCAGUUCACACUAGUAAUGUAG